AAGCAACAGGGCCCACGGCGCGCAGGGGCUCCAGGUGGACAGCACAGCGGCGGUAGCGGCCCUCUGCGUGCGGCGGGCGCCGGUGACAGCGGCGCCGCUUUGCCCACGAUCCCCGCUCCGGGCCGCUGCCGACCUCAGUGGGACGGGGCCGCGUCGCCCGGCGACAUGGGCGGCGAAGUGGGAUCCGCGGCGGUCGUGGGCUCCGAGGGCCGCGUGAAGAGCCUGGGUCUGGUAUUCGAGGAUGAGCGCAAGGGCUGCUACUCGAGCGGCGAGACGGUGGCUGGGCACGUGCUGCUGGAGGCGGCCGAGCCGGUGACCCUGCGCGCGCUGCGCCUGGAGGCCCAGGGUCGCGCCACCGCCGCCUGGGGCCCCAGCGCCGGCGCGCGCACCUCGGCCAGCGUCGCUGUCCCGGCCGUCUCCUCGGAGGUGGAGUACUUGAACGUGCGCCUGAGCCUGCGCGAGCCCCGAGCCGGUGAACGCAUCGUUCUGUUGCAGCCUGGAAAACAUGAAUUCCCAUUCAGCUUUCAACUUCCAUCUGAACCCUUGGUAACCUCAUUCACCGGCAAGUAUGGAAGCGUUCAGUACUGUGUGAAGGCCGUUUUGGAACGACCCAAGGUCCCCGAUCAGAGUGUGAAGCGGGACCUCCAGAUUAUCAGUCAUAUCGAUGUCAACACACCAGCACUAUUAACCCCUGUAUUGAAAACUCAAGAGAAAAUGGUUGGUUGUUGGUUUUUCACCUCUGGUCCAGUCUCGCUGAGUGCCAAAAUUGAAAGAAAGGGAUACUGUAAUGGAGAAGCUAUUCCAAUCUAUGCAGAGAUAGAGAAUUGUUCCUCUCGUCUGAUUGUUCCCAAAGCUGCCAUUUUCCAAACCCAGACAUACUUGGCAAGCGGAAAAACAAAGACCAUCCGUCAUAUGGUUGCCAGCGUGCGAGGAAACCACAUUGCUUCUGGAAGCACAGACACGUGGAAUGGGAAGACCCUGAAGAUCCCGCCUGUUACCCCGUCCAUCCUGGAUUGCUGCAUUAUCCGAGUGGACUAUUCCUUAGCUGUGUACAUUCACAUUCCUGGUGCUAAAAAAUUGAUGCUGGAGCUGCCUUUAGUGAUUGGCACAAUCCCCUAUAAUGGUUUUGGUAGCAGAAACUCCAGCAUUGCCAGCCAGUUCAGCGUGGAUAUGAGCUGGUUGACACUGACGCUGCCUGAACAGCCUGAAGCGCCACCAAAUUAUGCAGACGUGGUUUCAGAGGAGGAAUUCUCAAGACACAGUCCUCCUUACCCUCAGCCCCCUAGUUGUGAGGGAGAAACAUGCUGUCCUAUGUUUGCCUGCAUACAAGAAUUCCGGUUUCAACCUCCACCUCUUUAUUCAGAGGUUGAUCCACAUCCUAGUGAUGUAGAGGAAACCCAGCCUGUUUCAUUCAUUCUCUGAACGUAUAUCAGAAUCACUGUGUUCAUCAUCAGUUUAGAAUGUUGUUCUUUCCUCCUGCCUUUCCGGAGGAGUAGGAAGAAAGACUAACUUAAGAACAUAAACUAAUAUCAAUACGGAAGGCAAGAGAAAUUAAAGAAUACAUGAGCUUUCCAUGGGCAAACAGGAUCGUCGCACAAGUUUAUGUGAUGGUCGUAACAUCCCUUUAAAAUAGUGGGAUGAAGAUGUGAAAAAUCACAGAAUGCAAUGGAAGUCUUGAUGGUGAUAGAGUAAGUGGCGGGGUGAGGGUGCCUGCGCCGACCCACCAGAAAGUAAUCCACAUAUAUGGUGGAAACACUGCAUGUGAACCCUUAAAAAGGUUUCUCAAGGUGGAGCAAAGUAUCCUAAACUGUAAGACAGUAUGGACUCGUUGGAA